GGUGUCCCUCAUCCAUCAAAAAUGAAGUGACUUCAGUCUCUGCGCAGAGCACACUGUCAAGAGGAGCUAAAAGCUUUAGAAUAACUGUUUCCUUUCAUUGUAUUGCCCUUUCCCAUUUGUGGGAGAAGAGCCAUGAAGAACCGUUCCUCAUCUCCCCCUUUGCACGUCCAUGUGGAUGAAAACACCCCUGUCCAUGUCCAUAUUAAAAAGGGUCAGAAAACCACACCUGCAAAAUGCCAGCAAAAGCACAAACAGAAAGUUAAAGGGGAUACUGUGAACACGUGCCGAUCUGUCCGUGUGAAAACUAAGGCCCCCUGGAUGCCCCCAGGCAGAACAUCUGUCCGGGACUCCACCUGCAAAUGGGAGGGACCAACUCACCGCCUAGAAAUUACACCUCCAGAUUCAGAAAAAAUGCUGUCAGUAUUGCGCCUGAGUGACCUCUCUACGGACGAGGAGGAUGCUGUUUGCUGCAAAAUGAAUGAAUACGAAAAGAAGAUAGAUAGCCUGAUGAAUGUGGUGGGAACGCUGAAGAAUGAGGCCAAGCUGCAGAAAAAGGAGGAACAGCAGCAAAUGACAAAGCGUCUCCUUGAGGAGCAGAAGGAAGAACUGAAUGAGGUCACGCAAGAGCUGGUAGAAACAGAACAUGAGAAUACACUGCUCAGGCGCAAUAUUGAGCGCAUAAAGGAAGAGAAAGACUUGACUGUGCUACAGAAAAAGUACUUGCAGCAUGAGAAGGAGUGUUUGAUGUCCAAGCUGAGCGAGGCAGAAAGGGAUGGAGCAGCAGCAGCCAGGCAAAUCCGUGCCCUGAAAAAUACAAUUGGGAGACUCAACAUUGAGAAACACAUGAGCAGCUCAGACAUUAACACACUGACAAGGCAAAAAGAGCUGCUUCUGCAGAAAUUGAGUACCUUUGAAGAAACCAACCGGACACUACGAGAACUUCUCAGAGAGCAGCACAACCGGGAGAAGGAUGCUCAGAAGAUACUGGAGCAGCAAGGAGCACUGCUGAAAAGGCUGGCUGACUCAGAUGCAGAGAAAAUUCAACUUCAGAUGAGGCUUCAGGAGAAAGAAGAAGAAGUAGACAAUCUUACCAUUCAGAUACAGGCAGAAAAGGACCAGGCAAAGACAGCAUGCGAACUCUCCAAAUCUAUGGAGGCUGUGAGAGGCCAUUUACAAGCACAGUUGCGAAACAAAGAAGCUGAGAACAACCGUCUGACUACACAGAUACGGAAUCUGGAGCGCAGUGAAGCCCAGCAUAAGGCAGAGCUGGAACAUGUCAUGGAACAGCUGAAAGAACUAAGACAGAAAGCAGACCGUGAUAAAGAGGGCCUGAAGAAAGCCAUCCGUGCACAGAAAGAGCGGGCAGAGCGAAGUGAAGAGUAUGCAGAGCGAUUGACUGUCCAGCUAGCAGAAAAGGACAAUUAUGUUGCCGAGGCUCUGUCUACUUUGGAGUCCUGGAGGAGUCGCUACAACAAAGUAGUAAAGGACAAGAGUGACCUCGAACUGGAAAUCGUUACGUUGAACAGCCGUGUUGCAGACUUGCUGGAACAGCAGACAACCCUGGAGGACAAGAUGCGGGAGGACAGAGAAGUUUUGGUGGAUAAAUUGCAUCGACAGACUACAGAGACCACUUCUUUCAAAAUGGAGAAUGAAAGGCUAAAGGCUAGUGUGGUCCCAAUGGAGGAAAAGCUGAACCAAGCACAGAUGGAAGUGCAGCAGCUCAAGAGCUCUGUCAGGAACUAUGAAGAGUUGAUUGAAACAUACAAGUCACAGGUGUUGAAGACCCGAAUGGAAGCAGAUGAUGUGGCAGCACGACUGGAGAAGUAUGAUAAAGAGAACAAGACACUAAAGGAUGAAAUGAACAAGGAGAUUGAAUUGGCGCGUAUGCAGUUCCAGAGCCAGCUUGCUGAACUGGAAAAGCUGCCCGAGAUCCUAAAAAUCACAGAGACACAGCUAGCAGAAUGUCAGGACCAGCUUCAGAGUUAUGAGAAGAAGAACGUGGACCUGUCUGUCAUGAUUGCAGAUCUUCGUCAGCGGAUUGAGCUCCAGGGGGACAAAAUGGAGAUGACAAGAGAGAGGUAUCAGUCUGCCCAGGAGGAGAAAAAGCAGCUCACCUUGAAGGUGGAGGAGCUAGAAAGAAAACUAGAGACAACAAGCGCCCAGAACAUAGAAUUCCUUCAGGUCAUAGCAAAACGUGAGGAGUCGAUCCACCAGUGUCAGCUGCGGUUAGAAGAGAAGACCCGUGAAUGUAGCUCCUUGGCGCGUCAGUUGGAGAUGGCCAUUGAGGAUGCAAAAAGACAAGUGGAACAGACUCGAGAACGAGCAACGUCCAGAGAGAGGGCAGCCCAGUCCAAGAUGCUGGACUUGGAGACCCAGCUGAGUAGGAAUAAAACAGAGCUGAACCAAUUGCGCCGGAGCAAAGACGAUGCAGAGCGCCGGUAUGAAAGCCGCCUACAGGAUUUAAAGGAUCGGUUGGAGCAGUCGGAGAGCACCAACCGCAGCAUGCAAAACUACGUCCAGUUCCUCAAGUCUUCCUAUGCCAACGUUUUUGGAGAAAGUGCCUUGCUGGGCUCCCCCAGCCGCUCUCGUUCUUCUCCAUGAGGACGAUGCUCUCCCUGCACCUCUGCUUCUAAGCACAAAAGGAGCCCUAUUUCAAAGCCAUAUGGUGUUCAGAAAAUAGGUUGGAAUUUCAGGGUCAUUAUUACGAGAG